UUGGUGUGCUGUACGCGACCAGUCUCCCUCCGACGUUUGUGCCGGUCGGUCGUGUGUCGUUAUCACCAUCGAGUAGUGUUUCAUAUCAACUCGUGCUGUGCGUGCACUCGAUGUGAUAAUAGAUUUGUUUAGAAAAUAAUAUUGGAAAACUAUUUGUUAAGUGUAACGGUGUUAAUAGAACUUCUAAAAUUUAUUCGUGUGGGACUUACAGUUUUCGAUCGUUUCGCCUCGAGGAUAACAAUGCAAAUGAAUUUAUAUUACAAUAACAGCAGCCGGUAACGUUUGGUAUUAUCAACAACAUUGUAUCUGGUUUACAGGUUCAGCGUAAGAAGCACGACCAUGUGCAAUCUACGGGUGCUGUUGAUGGCUUAUAUUGUCAUCGUUGUCAUCGGAAGCGCUCAACGAACACAACCAGAACAUCACGUUAUUCCACACGAAGAUAUCAUGACGACAGCCGAUAUAUUCUCGGAAGAAGGAGUGACAUCUUACUCCCAGUUAUUGUUUGACAUAGCCAGAAAACAAAUGGUGGUUGGUGCAAGAGAUAACUUAUACCGCCUGGACCUGGACGGUUUAAAGAAAAUUGAAGCGACUCGAUGGCCGGCUACAGAAGAUAAGGUACAACUUUGUUUGAUAAAAGGCCAAAGCGUAGAUGAUUGUCGUAAUUACGUUAAGGUGCUUUUGGCAACUGGUAAAAAGUUGUUCGUAUGUGGUACUGGAGCUUUUUCACCCCAAUGCACGUGGCGAGAGAUGGAAAAUGCUACUAAUAUCAUUGAAGCAGUUCGAGGUGUAGGUAAAUGCCCGUACAGUCCCUUAUCAAAUAUUACAGCGAUGAUAACUCUAAACGGUCAAUACUUUGCCGGUAGUCCAAUGGACUUUUCAGGCGCGGACUCAGCUAUAGUACGAGAUUUGGGUGCUACAUAUUUGCGCACCAAAAACUAUGACUCCAAGUGGCUGAAUGAACCGCAAUUUGUCGGAUCAUUCGAGACGGACGCCUACGUUUACUUUUUGUUCAGAGAGAGUGCUGUGGAGUACAUUAACUGUGGUAAAAGGGUUUAUUCGAGAAUAGCAAGAGUAUGUAAGAAUGAUGUAGGAGGACAAACUAUGAUGCGUGAUAAUUGGACGACAUUUGUGAAAGCUCGUCUGAAUUGUUCCCUUCCCGGCGAAUAUCCUUUUUAUUUUGACGAAAUUCAGGGUAUGACUUACCUACCGGAUGAAGGAUUAGUGUAUGCUACGUUUACAACACCAAGUAAUGGAAUUGCCGGCUCAGCAGUGUGCAGUUUUAGUUUAACUGCUAUUAAUGCCGCCUUUAAUGGUCCAUUUAAACACCAAGCGACAGUCGAUUCAGAAUGGGCUCGGUAUACUCCUCCAAACCACCAACCUAAUCAUGGUCAAUGUCAAAGACAAGACCCUAAUCAAAUACUCGAUUCUUCUAGGUAUCAAUUAAUGGAUAAUGCAGUUCAACCUACAACAUUAGAACCAUUAUAUUAUAAACCAUUGGAAAUUUUAACACAAAUUGCUGUAGACGUUGUGGCAACUAAACCACAUGGCACAUUAAAAGUUUUAUACUUAGCAACUUCAUCAGGGACAAUAAAAAAAAUUACUAUUUUACCCAAAACGUCUGUAACGUGUACUUUAGAAGAAUGGAAUCUAUUUCCCGAAGGUUUUGGUUCUCAAAUAAUGGCCUUGCAUUUUAUAAAAGUCACUGAAUCCAUAUAUGUCGGAACUAAAGAUCGAGUUCUUAAGAUACCAGCUCAACAUUGUGGAAGACACAGAAGCAAGGAAGCGUGUAUGAACGCAAUGGAUCCCUAUUGUGGAUGGAAUGAACACGUUGAUAAAUGCCAACCUCCUACAAAUGGUAAUAUACUGGAACAUAGUUGGAGGCAAGACGUUACUAAGUGUCCAGAUCGUUCAAGACCUGUAGAUGGAGGGUGGUCUAGUUGGUCAGCUUGGUCACAAUGCAUACAAAAUAUCAACGGCAAAGACUCUGCAGACCAAUGUUUAUGUUCUAGUAGGUCGUGCAACAAUCCUGAACCUAAGUUUGGUGGAGCUGAUUGCCAAGGAUCAACAAUUCAAGUAACAAAUUGUACUGUUCAUGGACAAUGGUCUAGUUGGUCAGAUUGGUCAGCGUGCACGCAAAGCUGUGGAUCCGCUGUGAAAGUAAGAAAAAGGACAUGUGGUAACCCUGCGCCAGCGUUUGGCGGCCGUGUUUGUGUGGGACGUGAUACGGAGGAAAUAUUUUGCCAUUCAAAUCCACCUUGUCCAGUUUUGCCACCAAUUAUAAAAGAACCUAGUUGGAGUUCUUGGGGACCUUGGAGUAAAUGUUCGGCAAAAUGUGGAGGUGGUUUUCGACAAAGAUCUAGAUAUUGUAACAACCCAUCUCCUCGAGAAGGACAAGAUUGUAGUGGGUGCUCUGAAGAAUAUGAACUUUGCAAUCAAAAACCAUGUGUCGAAAGUAAAAAGGUAUCAUCUUGGACUCCAUGGAUAUCUACAGGAAAUAGCACCCAUAAGAGAUUUAGGUUUUCAUGUCGAACUCAACAAGACCAGACCUCAAUUAGUAUUAUCCAAGAUAAAGAAGAAAGCAAACUUUGUCAAGAUGGAGCAUGUCAUCGAUUAGAUCAAGUAUCAGAUUUAGAAGAGUCCUGGUCUGAGUGGUCAAACUGGAGCUCUUGUUCAUCUGAAUGUGGAGGUGGUAAUCAAAUAAAAACUAGAACAUGUGAAGGUUCAUCUGAAAACUGUGAAGGACCCACUAAGUUAACUAGACCGUGUAAUACACAAAAAUGCAAAGGUGAGUGGAGUUGUUGGACUGAUUAUGGUGAAUGCUCAGUU